GUCAGCGACGGCGCGCCGACGUCGAAAAUCAACUCGUCUUCGUACUCUGCUUCUUACUUCUUAUUGUGAGUGUGAAUUCGACGAUCUGCCCAACCCAUAUUCAAAAAAACUAACGCAGAACAAUGCAAACUAUAAAGUGUGUUGUUGUAGGUGAUGGUGCCGUGGGUAAGACCUGCCUGCUUAUCUCCUACACAACCAAUAAAUUCCCUUCGGAAUAUGUACCCACCGUAUUCGACAAUUAUGCUGUCACUGUUAUGAUUGGUGGCGAACCAUACACCCUGGGUCUUUUCGAUACCGCUGGUCAAGAGGAUUACGAUCGUUUACGUCCAUUGUCAUAUCCACAAACAGAUGUAUUCUUGGUGUGUUUCUCAGUCGUUAGUCCUAGUUCAUUUGAAAAUGUAAAAGAGAAAUGGGUGCCGGAAAUUCAACACCAUGCUCAAAAGACUCCCUUCCUGUUGGUGGGAACGCAAAUAGAUUUGCGUGAUGAAACCAGUACAUUGGAAAAGUUGGCCAAGAAUAAACAGAAGCCCAUUGGCAUUGAGAUGGGCGAAAAGUUGGCUAAAGAAUUAAAAGCAGUCAAAUAUGUUGAGUGUUCUGCUUUAACACAGAAAGGUCUUAAAAAUGUAUUCGAUGAAGCCAUCUUAGCUGCAUUGGAGCCUCCAGAACCCGCCAAGAAAAAGAAGUGCAGAUUCUUAUAAUUUCUAUGUGUAUUAUAAUUUAUUGAAAAUAACACAAGAUACACGCAAUCAUAAAUUCUAAAGCAUAACAACAACAACAAAAAAACACAACUAUUGGAUUACUAACGAAAACAGAGAAAAGUUAUUUGAAAAGCGUCAUUUGAUUUGAUUAUUAAAUUUGAAAACGAACAGCAGGAGGAGAUUUAACUCGGAUGUGUCUAGCUUUUGUAUAAGGUAAAUUGGAACCAGCAGCAGUAGUAGAUAACAACACACAAUAAUCAUUAUUUGCAAUGAGAAUCUUUGAUAGUCCUAAAAUAACAGAGAUUUAAUUAACACCAACAUUAUAAUACGUAAUGUUAUAAAAACAAAAACAAAUACUAUUUUUAGAAAACACUAAAAAUGAUCGAACUUCAUAAUGAAAUCUAACAAAGAAACAACACUACUAAUGGCAGUAACAAUAAUUUAUUAUCUCUCAUGUCAUGUCAUGAAAGUGAAUAACAAAACCAAAAGAAUAUUGAAAGAAUAAAACAAAACGCAACAUUUAACUGAAAAAAAAUAUAGUUAUUUGUCAUUGGACAUGUGAAGCAAUCUUUCUUAAAAAAAAAAAAACACAACAACUACACAGUUUUGCUAUACUACAACAACAACAAGAAAACAUAACAUCUAUUGUUAAAGAUACAUAUUAAAAAAGAAGUCAUUUGCAGCAUACAUCAGUAAUAUAUAACACAUAUACACUUAUAUAUACACCGCUCCUUUUUCCUUCCCUCCACUAACGUUUCGUUUUUUUCUUUACCAUAAUUUAAGUUUGCGCUUUGAAAUUGCGUGUAUAAGCGUUAAGGCAAAGAACCCCCUCAACACAAGUAAUACUUUUUUUUU